AUGGUGCUCCAAGCAAUAAAGUACUCGCGCGGCCAGCUCGAAAUUCUAGAUCAGCUGAAAUUACCCCACGCCGAAGAAUAUGACCACAUCUACUCUAGCACCGAUGCAUGGCACGCCAUCAAGGAAAUGCGGACGCGCGGAGCUCCCGCAAUCGCCAUCGUCGCUGCCCUGGCCCUGGCUGUCGAGCUUACCAAUAUGAAGCUAUCGUCCAUAGCGGAAGAGGUCAACUUGUUCAUUAGGGAAAAGCUGGACUAUCUGGUCACGAGUCGGCCAACAGCUGUCAACUUGGCGGAUGCGGCGGGUAAAUUGAAGAAGAUUACCGAAGAAGCUGCUGCAAAAGAGGGGGCGAAUGGCGAUGGGGUGCGGGAGGCGUAUGUGAGUGCGGCAGAGAAGAUGUUGAUUGAUGAUGUGAGCGAUAAUGAGAAUAUUGGUCGAUAUGGUGCAGAGUGGAUAGUGAAGAACACAGAGGCGGGGAAGAAAGGGCCAGUGAGCAUGUUGACGCAUUGCAAUACUGGGUCUCUGGCAACCGCAGGAUACGGAACAGCCCUCGGGGUGAUCCGAUCAUUACAUUCCAGCGGAUCUCUGAAACACGCCUUCUGCUCCGAAACCCGGCCAUACAACCAAGGCUCCAGGUUAACAGCCUUCGAGUUAGUCCACGACAAAAUACCGGCCACCCUGUUCACCGACUCCAUGGCUGCAGCUUUACUUCAUCUACGAGGAGAGAGUGAAAACAUAGCAGGCAUCGUCGUAGGUGCAGACCGUGUAGCUGCAAAUGGAGACACCGCCAACAAGAUUGGAACCUACUCACUAGCCAUCCUCGCGAAGGCCCAUGGCGUAAAGUUCCUGGUUGCUGCGCCGAGAACAACCAUCGACCUGAACACCAAGUCUGGCGUAGACAUUGUCAUCGAGGAACGACCAGGCAAGGAAGUGACCUUCGUCAAGGGACCAAGACAUGACGGCGUCAGUCUGGAUCUUGGGGUUGUCGAGACUGUCAGCAUUGCUGCGAAUGGUAUCAAUGUGUGGAACCCGGCUUUUGAUGUUACUCCUGCAGAGCUCAUUGACGGUAUCAUCACUGAGGUGGGCGUGGUGGAGAAGGACGGUGCCGGAGUGUUCAAUCUACGAGAUGUGUUCAAAGCGGACGGGUCCGAGGUGAAGCCUUCGACAAUUGGAGGAUGUUGA